CGUCAGCCGUUGCAAGUUAGAGCGUGGCGUCCGGCUGCUUGCUGGCCUGGGUGUACUGACUGAACUGACUGACACUCAGCGCAUUUAGGGUUCCAAAUUCCCAAUUCAUUAACUUGCCAUUUACGGCAAUUCAAAUUGAGUAUAUUAUGCUUCAAUCGCCGCUUUCAGGCCGUCAAAUUGUUCCGGCAUUUCCCUUGCGAACGUAACCUGCUCUGCUGCGAAACUCACUGGGAUCCUUAUCAUUUCUCACUCUCCUCUGGCGACUGGAUUCCAUUUCGUGAUUUUUUCGGAACCCUAAUUUGUCUCCUCAAUCUCUUCGAACAGAAGAAUUCCGGCCGGCUAGAUUGAUCUCCAUGGGGAAGGAGCCAAUGGAAACUGACGAGAAGGGCAAUGGAAAUACCCCAUCUAAAGCGAAAGGAUCUCGCUUCCCUCUGAGACCAGUUCCAUGUGAUGAGGCUGGUGAAGGGCUACCUUAUGCUCCUGAGAAUUGGCCUAAACCUGGAGACAUGUGGGGCUGGAAAGUUGGGAAACGACUAACCUACUCUGGAUAUCAUCUGGAUAGAUUCCUCUACCUCCCCAAAAGCCUUUGCCAUCUUGUGGGCGCUCCUGCUCGUGUAAAGAACGGUUUCGCAAGCAAGCUUUCUGUGCAGAGAUUCCUUCAAACGCAUUUCCCUGAUGCCAAUGUUGAGGCAUUCUUUGAUUCCUUUGUCUGGAGGAUCCCUUCUAGCCAGGCCGCCGUGAACAGACUUGCGAAUGGGAAUCCUUCUCUAACUAUUACAGGAGACAUUGAUAGCAGUGCCUUUCCUGUGCCCCCUUCAGCUACUUUAACCUUUAAUCCCCAAUCAGGUGGAGGCUGUAAGGCAGGAAAUAAGGGUUGCAGUAGUCUUGAAGGAGCAAUAGGCAGUAGUCCUCCUGUACCUUCAGUGCCUUGUGAUAUUUGCUGUACUGAGUCUGGUUUCUGCCGUGAUUGUUGUUGUAUUCUUUGUUCCAAAAUCAUUACUUCAUCACAUGGUGCUUACAAUUACAUCAAGUGCCAAUCUGUGGUGACUCCAGGCUGUAUAUGUAGUCAUUUAGCCCACAUUGAGUGUGCUCUGAGAACUUACAUGGCAGGAACUGUUGGUGGAAGUAUUGGCCUUGAUGCUGAGUACCUAUGCCGUCGUUGUGAUGCAAAAACUGAUAUGGUUCCACAUGCUGUGAAGCUCUUGCAAACUUGCAAGUUCAUAGAUUCUCGAGACGAGGUAGAGAAAAUAUUAAAUGUUGGCAUCUGCAUCUUGCGUGGGUCUCGGAGAAAUAAAGCCAAGGAUUUGCUGAAGCGCAUUGAAUUGGCUGCCGCAAAGCUUAGGCAUGGAACUACCCUUGAAGAUGUAUGUAAAGAUGACGAGGAUGCAUCCGACAUGGACAAAAAGCCAACCUUUCUUGAUUUGAAGGCCGAAUCUCCUGAUUACAGCGCUGAAAUUCUCCAACUUGAUGCCGAAAUCGACGAUGUACUUCGUGCAAUGCGAAAGUCACAGAAGCUAGAGUUGAAGCUCGCAGAGGAACAACUCCAUGCUAAGAAGAGAAAUCUGCAAAACCUCUAUCAACAACUUCAGAAAGAGCAUUCUGAACUAGCAUGCCUGGAGUUAGAGGCAACAGGUGCUGGUGAACUAAGGAGCACAGUGACUAGCAGGAUAGAUCAGAUAAAUUGGGAGAGGAGGAAACUCGAGCGUAUGAAAAGAGUGGCUAAUGGUUUUGGGAGGACCUCCAAACGCAUUCUCAGGGAACAUUUUGGCUUGGAAGUGGAGAAGAAACCAAGCGUUGGCGGGCCAUCGUGAAGGUGAUAUGCUUGUGUUAGUGUAUCACAGGUUCAUCAAGGUUUUCAUAUUUUGAGUUUUUUUUUUCUUCUUCUUUUUCUGGGUUUGAGCAUUCACCGGACAAUCUGCUGGAGCUAUGACUUUCUGGCUAUUUCUGACAAAGGGACGAGUGUUUUUGCUAGAGAGUAAUUUGGAUAGAGUGCAUAGUGAAUUUACAUGGCAAAGUCUUGUAAGAGUUGGAAAAGGGACCAGUGUGAGUCCCACUGUCCCAGAGACUACAGGAUAUAGAGCAUCAACUUUGACCAACUUAAGGAUUCUUGGUCAUUGGAGUUUCAGUUUAUUUGUAGAGCAAGUUCCUUUGUGGUGUGAACCAUUGUGCUUCUUCCGUGGACAGAACUUUCAUUCGUUGCCAAACUCACUCUGUGAUCUCCUUUCAUUUUCUGAAGAAGAUCCUACUAUGAUUUGUUCGUGAAGAAGUAGCA